AGUCACAACAUUAAACUAUCACAAAUUAACCCAUUAAGUCAAAACUCUCACGAUCUACCUCAACUUAGUGCUUACCACAAAAUAUAAUAUCCUUAACACUUGACAUUAAGAAAAUGCUUAUAAUCUGUACAUAAAAAUGGGUACCUUCCAUGCUAAGUCAUCAUGAUUAAACUCAAAAUCAAUCAUAACAAAUAUGAGUUCUAAUACUAACCCUCCAAAACCCUUAACCACCAAUUUACUCUUUAUUUUCCUCAUUUUAUUCACAAAUCUCAUAACACUCUUUCUUUCUUCCACUUACAAUUCCUCCACGUGUACACCAAUUUUCUCAACCGCCACCACAUCCGCCGCCGUUGUAGAUAGCGGCGAAGCCGUUGUAGACGGCGGCAAUGACGACAAUUUCCCACCGGAAUUCUAUGCUUCCACGUCACCACAAAAACUCCCUCUUGGCUUCAACCGAAACUUCAACUCCGAUACUGUCCACCCUCCCGCCGGCAGCGCUUGCACUCUCUUCCCCGACGAUCUCCGCAAUUUCAUGUCCUACGACGUGAACGGAUCUUGUCCUGACGACGAGGUUCUCUCUCAGAGACUCCUCUUAAAGGGAUGCGAGCCUCUACCUCGUCGCCGCUGCCGCCCGGCGGCGCCAAAAAAUUUCCCGCCGCCGAUCCCUUUCCCUGCCAGCCUCUGGUCCACACCUUCCGAUUCCUCCGUCGUGUGGACCGCUUACACGUGCAAAUCCUACACGUGUCUCAUCGAUCGUUCCCGCACGCAGAAAGGCUUCGACGAUUGCAAAGACUGUUUUGACCUCAACGGCCGAGAGAAGCAUCGCUGGACAAACCCUAAAUCCAACGGUCUAGAUUUCAGCAUCGACGAUGUUUUAAAAACGCGAGAACCCGGUUCAGUUCGGACCGGUUUAGACCUAGGUGGUGGAGUUGCAACAUUCGCGGUUAGAAUGAAAGAUAGAAACGUUACAAUCAUAACGACGUCGUUAAACUUAAACGGUCCUUUUAACACUUUUAUAGCUUCAAGAGGGGUUGUUCCUUUGUACAUGAGUAUCUCUCAGAGAUUUCCGUUUUUUGAUAACACUUUGGAUAUUGUUCAUUCGAUGCAUGUUUUGAGUAAUUGGAUACCCGAAACUUUGCUUCAUUUUUUGUUGUUUGAUGUUUAUAGGGUUCUUAGGCCGGGUGGGUUGUUUUGGUUGGACCAUUUCUUUUGUGUUGGGGAUCAGUUGGAGAAUGUUUAUGGGCCUAUGAUUGAGAGUGUUGGGUUCAAGAAAGUGAAAUGGGUCACUGGGAAGAAGCUUGAUAAGGGACCCCAGUUUCAAGAAAUGUACCUCUCUGCUUUGUUGGAGAAGCCAUUCAAGGAUUCUUGGUGAACAAUAAGGUUUUGAAAAUUGUUGAAACAAAUUGCAAAAACAAUGAGAAUUGAACAAAUCAUAUCGUUUUAACUUUUGAAUAGACACACUCUUUAGUUUUUUUCUUCUCUUUUGUUAAGGUUGAAAGUUUAGGUAAAUCUUUUCUGCGAUCCUUGUGAUCUCU